AAUAUAAACAAUGAAUAAUAUUGAUCCUAAUAAUGUAUAAACUCAAUAAGCUAAAGCAAGAUUGAAGGCUGCUAGAUCUAUAUUUGAAUUAGCUGACAUCAAUAAAGAUGGAUACAUUACUUAUGAUGAAGUAAAAGUGAAUUUAUCAUAAAGGUACCAAAAUUGUUAAUUGAAACACAUAAACUGAUUUCAGAUGAGAAAUAUGAACCAACAAAAGAAGAAAUAGAUAGUUGGAUGAAUAUGACAGAUCUAAAUAAAGAUAAAAAAGUUAAUAUUCAUGAAUUUUAAGUUUUAAUUUUAAAAGCACUUUAAGCAUAAGGAAUUGAUUUAGAUGGAUAAUGAUUAAAUUAAAAAUCAAUUAUAUUAUAAUUAGUUAC